AUGACCGCAACCUCUCCUACUCGGGUCAAUUGGAAACCACCUCAUGAAGAACGCCUCAAAAUGAAUUUCGACGGAGCUUGUGAUCUAAAGAAUGGACUGAGUGGGCUGGGAGUAAUGUUCAGAGAUAGCCAAGGAGUCAUGAAGGGUGCCAUGGCAGUCCCACAAGUUGGGAAGCUUCCACCAAGAUCUGUGGAAGCUUUGGCACUAUUGCAUGGUCUCCGGUUUGCGCUGCACAUGGAAUUCCUCAGUAUUGAAGUGGAAGGUGAUGGACUCUCAGUGAUUAAUAGUUUUAAUGAUAGCUUUGAUGAUUUAAGUUAUGAGGGACAUAUUAUUGAUGAAGUCAAGUCCCUGAUUCAAUAUUUUAAUUCUUGUAGUGGGCACUUUGUGAAACUGGAAGGCAAUAGAGUUGCUCACCGGUUAGCAAAGGAAGCCUUAAAAAUUAGUCAACAUUCUCUUUGUUUGGAGUCGGUCCUGAUUGGCUCUAUUAAUGUGUCAAUAUGGACUUUCAAUGUGAAGUAUAGUUUGUGA